AUGGACGGACCUUUUUUUGACUGUCAAGAAUGUAUUAGUGAAGAAGAUAUAGACAGUAAAAUUCAUAUUUCUGGAAUAUUCCCAUUAAAUGAUAUUAAUUUGUUUGCUGAAAUGGAUUCUAAAGAAAGUAAGAAUCCAGUGAGCGAUAUUUUUGAAAACUCAUACUCACUUCUUUGUAGAGAUCUACCAAAAAAGGAGAUAUCUAAUAGUACUGACCCAAAUAAUUCAUUGAAAACUGAGAAUAAGUUAAAUUAUGAAAAAUUAACAUUAGAUAUUGGGUUGGCAGUUCAGGAUGUUAAUGAUAAACUGAAUAAGGUUUUUAAAAAGUAUUCCCUUAAUAAGGGGGAUGGGAGUGGUAGUUUAUCAACUGAAUUAGAGACAGCAACAUUUAAUAAAGGUACAAAUAAUAUUAAUAAAAUACAAUUAGAUAGUAAUAGAAUGUCAUCAAGUGAGUAUUUUGCUAGUCUUCCUACUUUAGAUCACGUUGAACAUUACUACAAUUCAGAUGACUUAGAAAUAGGUAUUACAAAACAGGAUAAAAGUGAUGAAUUACUAAGUACUUCUCAAGCAGAAAUUAGUGAUCAAACAAAUAAUGGAUCCUGUGUAGAUGAAAGUUUUCAGAAUCCUUAUAUUGACAAUAUUUAUUUAACAGAUAAUUUUACUGGUAAAAUUCAAAAUAAUAUGAACACAAAAGUAUCUUUAAAUUUUCCUGAAUAUGAUAGUGAUACAAAUACUGAUGAUGAGAUAUUAAAUAUUAAUAAUGGGUUUGAUAGAGAUGAUGAUUCAUUAUCUUUAGAAGAAUCAGGAAAUUAUGAACAAUUCUCACUUUUUACUGAAGACAACUUAGAAUGGCCAGAGAUAGAAGAUAGUGAACAUUCUAAAAUGGUGUCAUCAAGAGAUAAACACUGGGUUUAUGUGAAUACCUUGCUAAACUUAGAUAAUUUGAGAGAUAUAAAAGAUUUAGAACUAUCAUCUAAAUGUAUCUCUUUUAAGCAAGAUUCUACUUCAAAUAGCCCUAAACAUGCAGAAAAUUACUCUAAGAUUGUUCGAGAUAGAACAUUUAAUAUACCAAAUUUCUUUGAGGAAAAUUCCUUAAGUUCUUUUGGUUCCUCAUCUUAUAUACUAGAAGAUACAAAAAAUUGGAUAUCAAAUAGAGCUAAUAAAAUAAAAUUUCAGGUAUCCUUUCUUGCAAAAUCUGAUAUAAUAUCAAAUUUAUCAGAUUUAUAUAAAAAGAGGUUUCAAUAUAAUAGGAAUAAGAAUCGUUUUAUUCAUAAGUUGGGACACUCAAAUUGUUCAGAAUUAAAAUUGACGCCUACUGAACUAAAUGAUAAUGAUAAACCUAAUAUUUGUGAAAGAAACAUAUAUAAUAGUUCAAAUAUUUCUGGAUAUCAUGAACCUAAGAAAAUUCAGCAGUUAGUAUUACGUAAGGGAAUGAAAGAAAGAAAAAUACCUAUUUUAGUUUCAACAAGAUCUCAGAUAAAUGGAAAAACUAAGAAGAAAAUGAAUGGAAUUUUAGGUAAUGUUUGGUUAAUACGAGAAAUUUCCUUACCUUAUAUAUGCCCAAUUUGGAAAAUAUCUGUAAGUGUUGAUGGAGAAUGGAUGGCUGUUGGGAGCCAAGAUGGGUUUAUUAGACUUUGGAAAUGUUUAGAGUUUGAAUUAGAUAUAUUUGAGAAAAAAAUGGAUGAUAAAUCAGAAAAUAAGUCAAUAGAAAAGUGUAAAAGUGCUCAAAAAGCAGGAGAUAAUAGAAUUGACAACUCUAAAAUAUAUAACCUUCAUGACAAUUCUGAUGUAAACAAUUUAGAAAUGAAAAACAAAACUCCAAAUAUUGCAGAUGAAUUCUUAUUUGCUAACGAAGCAGAUUAUUCUAUAAGAGCUCAUUCCAAUGCAAUUAUAUCAAUUCAAUGGGAAAAUCUAUAUCCAUCGCAUAGAUAUUUAACAACAAGCAUGGAUAGAACAGUAAAGCUUUGGAAAGCACCACAAACUGGUCCUUAUGCAAUAAUACAGUGCUCAGAUUGGCCUACUUCAGCUACUUUCCACCCUUCACAACGUGAUAUAUUAUUUAUUGGUUGUUUAGAUGCAUCAGUCCAAAUUUGGCGUAUUUAUUCAAAAAUAAAAAGUGAUGAGAAUAACUCAAAGAAAUUAGUUGGAAUAUUAUCUGAAGAUAAUUCUAUUAAUCUUGUUGAAGUUAGAGCAGUAGAAAUUAUUAGAGUUCAAGAUUUGGUCACAAUUUUAUCUUUAUCACCUAAUGGGAAUUACCUUGCAUGUGGUUUUCGGAAUGGAGGUGUUGCAUUUUAUGAUACAAGAACUUUAAAAUAUCGUUGUGAUAUAGAUUGUAGAAAUAGGCGUGGUAAAUCUUCAAAAGGUAGAAAAGUUAGUGGACUCUGUUGGAAAAAAGAUAAUAAGGGUGUUUUAGUUACAACAAAUGAUAGUAGAAUUCGCCUUUUCAAUUUAAAUGAUGUAUCAACAUUUGCUAAAUACAAAGGUCAUGUUAAUAAAGAAACUCUAAUAUCAGCAGAGAUGUCUAUAAAUGAAGAUAUGAUUGUGUGUGGAUCUGAAAAUGGAUACAUUUGUACCUGGAAUGUAUUUAAUUUUUCUGGAAAAGAUUCAUCUUGGUAUAGCUUAGAUAGAAAUAAUAGUCAUAUAAAAAAUAAUUUAAGCAUAUUUAGACCUAAUAAUGGAAUUGGACCUACUUCAGGUGUAAACUCUACUAUUAAAAAUGCAACAACAUAUCAUAAAAGAGGUCCUACGCAUCAUUGUGUUGACUCUUUCAAAGCUUUUGAUGGGUAUUUAACUGCUUCUAUUUUAGCACCUAAGCAAUUAGUUAAAAAAACUAUUAAUGGUAUAACAAAUUCUGAAGAAUUCUCGGAAUUACUUAAAAAUAUCCAGCUUUAUGGAUGUGAAGAUGAUAAUAUAAGAGUAGGCUCAGAAACUCCUCUAGAUCUUGUUCCAAAUUCAAAAUUGUCUGAAGAUGAUGUUUCAGUCUUUAUAGCAGCUAGUAGAACUGGAUUAAUUAGGAUAUUCAUUAAUAUACCCAUAGAAUAG